CCCGGAAGUAGAAGCCGCCGGGGUCACGGCGGGCGGAAGGCGGAAGUGCAGCGAGACGGGGACCGGGGGGGGCAAGAGGAGGCGGCGGAGACCCCCCCCGGGCACCGGGAUCAGGGGCACUUGCGCUGCUGUGCUCCGCAGUGACCCCUCACAGAGGGUCGCUCCUGAUUCCUGGAGCCAGUGACUGAAGCAGUGGCCAGUGGAUUUCUCUUCAGGCGCUGGUGAAAGCUGCGUGCGAGGAAGUUCUGUACAGCCUUGGCUAGCACGAGCGUCAGCUUCUCACGACCGCUGUGGGGUGAGAGGGGAGUUCGCUGGCACUUGUGGGGGGAGAGCUGAACACCUGGGAUCUGGGCUACGACCGGCUGCCGAUCUCAGUGGCUCCUCUGCAAGCAGCUAUUGGGGGUCGCUGCUGUCUACGAAGGAGCUGAGGUGGGGAAAGCUCUGUCUCCCCUUCCAGGGGCCCCAGUCCGCUCUGCUCUCAGUGUGCGUCAGAAGGAUAAAGGCUACAAAAUGACAGCUGUAACUUAACCCUUGCUGGUCCAGGACGGCUCUGGGGGCAAGGCAGUGGAGAAGCAAACGUCUGGAGGAGGAGGGAUGUGUGAAACCAAACCGGAUAGUUCCUGCUGCUGGAGUGGCGAGUUCUCGGAGGGCAGGGGUGCACCAGGUGCCAGCCCUGGUGUGGAUAACGGACCCUUGUUCUCAAGUUUUGGGGAUCCGGGAAGCACUGGGCCUAACGGCAGCCAGUUCUUCCGAGAAUGCUGCGGUCCUGAAGGCCCAGAGCGUACGUCUCCAAGCCAGAGCUGGCCGAAACAGCUCCACGGAGCCACCAACGGCUUGGAACCGAUGGAGGCUCGUGGACCAGCUGCUGCUGGGACUCCUAGCGUACGUGAGACAUUGCUAGCCGAACCAUCAGCCGAGAGGCUAGGGAAGGUGGAGGAGGCCGGCCAUUCUCCCCAUCAGGGCUUUCCAGAAGGCAGCGGGCAGGGGACUGCCUGCGCCGCAGGGGAGGGUGUUGCUUGGAAUGGAAGCUGCGACCGAGUACCGAUGGGGCUGCUUGAAGAGGAUGGCUUGCACUUUACUGAGUACAGUGCCCCUGGCUCCGGUCUGUCCAGUUACGAAUGUUCCUGUAGUUGUCAGGGCGAGAGUUUGGAUCCCUCCAGGACUUAUUUGGAAAAGGGGAACUGCUCGUGUAGCAUCACCUGCCAGCGCUGGGCUUCAGAGUCCCCUGGAGCCGAGGAUGAAGCCUUUGGUCCUGAUUCAGCACCAUUGCUGCAGGGCCAGGAGGAAUACGAGGAAGAUGACGGCGUGUCCAAGGCCAGCGAGGACCCUUCCGACUCCGGCAGGACGCUCAGCGGCCGGAAGAAUGGGAGACGCCAGAGGCACCGCUCUGGCACGAAGGACAAGGAGGAGGGGAAGGAGAAUGCCAAGCGGGAGGGUAGAUCUGCGCCGGCUGGCGGGAAGCACAAGCAGGCCAGGAAGAGGAGCCAUACGGACCGGCAGCGCCACCUAAAAGCGGAGGUCCCCAAGCAGCUGGAAGAGCUGGCCUGGGUCUGUGUCUCCUGUUUCAAGAAGCUCAUCAAGCUGGUGCUGGUCAUCACCCAUGAGUGUGGCGAGUACGUGGAAGCUGGUGGGAGGCUCCUCUACUCCUGCUGCCAGCUCGAUGCCUGGGACCUGGGCUCCGCCCAAGGCAGCAUGAGGACGUGGAGCCAGCGGGCCAAGAGCAGCUCGGGGAAGGCGGCCCGGUGGCUGGGUUCCUGGGGGAACCGGCUGUGGCGGCUGCUCAAGAUGCUGGGUGCCCUGCUCUUCCUGGUGCUCAUGCUGCUCCUGGGCAGCCUGCGGCUGUGCUGGCGAGUCUCCAAGUCCCUGCUCCUUGCUGGGGCAGCUAAGCUGGGCAGAACCAGCAGCGUGGCUUGGCUCCUCUCGCUCCUGGACUCCCCCUUCCUCCGCAGAACAUGGGCUCUCUUCAAAGAAACCAGGACUUGCAAGUACGUGUCCCACUUGCUGCAAAAGUGGAGAGGGCUGCUUGGGGCAUCCAAAGGACUAAGGACCGAUGGGCUGGGAGAGGCUGUGGCUGGCCCUGAUCCUGGCACAGGGGGGCGCUACCAGCCCAGCCAGGAGGUGGCACGGCUGCUGGCCCUGGCCGACGUGCCUGAGGAAGAGCUGAACCCCUUCCAGGUGCUGGGGCUGGAGGUGACUGCUUCAGACACAGAGCUGAAGAAGGCCUAUCGUCAGCUGGCCGUGCUGGUUCAUCCUGACAAGAACGAGCAUCCGCGGGCGGAGGAAGCCUUCAAGGUGCUGCGAGCCGCCUGGGACAUCGUGAGCAACCCGGAGAAGAGGAAAGAGUACGAGAUCAAGCGGAUGGCGGAGAGCGAGCUGACCAGGUCCAUGACUGAGUUCCUCACCAAGCUGCGGGAAGACCUGAAGGAGGCCAUGAACACCAUGAUGUGCAGCAAGUGCCAGGGGAAGCACAGGAGGUUCGAGAUGGACCGAGAUCCGCUCAGCGCUCGCUACUGCGCGGAGUGUGGCAAGCUGCACCCUGCCAAGGAGGGAGACUUCUGGGCCGAAUCGAGCCUGCUGGGAUUGAAAAUCACCUACUUCGCCCUGAUGGAUGGGAAAAUCUAUGACAUCACAGAGUGGGCUGGCUGCCAGCGGGUUGGGAUCUCUCCUGACACCCAUCGCGUCCCGUAUCACAUAUCAUUUGGAUCACGGAGCUCUGGCUCGGGUGGACGCCAGAGAACUGCCUCUGAAGGCAGCCCUGCCUCGGCAGCAGACCUGCAGGACUUCUUCAACCGCAUAUUUCAGGGGACCCCAGGGCAGAUGCCCAACGGGGGCUUCUUCAGGCCACCCCAACCCCCCCAGGCAGCAGCUCCUUCUGCUUCUGCUCCUGCCCCGAAGACAGAGAGUGCAGCCCCAAAAGGGGACUCGAAGCAGAAAAGGCGGAAGAAAGUUCGCCGUCCCUUCCAGCGCUGAGGAGCGGCGUGGCCCGUGGGGGCUGCUUUGAACUUGGCCUGGCAGGAGGCCACAAGCACUGACAGGAAACGAAGCUCCUGUGUACGUUCCAGCAGGCAGCUGGGUGCGUCCCAGGCGCGAGGUCGGACACUAAAAGGGCUCUUUACAAGAAGAAGAAUCUAUUUUUUUCUUUAGAUAUUUAAAAGUAACCAGGCGUUCGGGGAGUUUCCGGCGGACGCCGUUAACUUCUAGCGUAAAGAACCAGACCCAGUGAUACCAAAGAACUCCAGCGGGGGGUGCCCUGCAGGAUCCCUGGAGACACCAGUCCUGUGUGUGGAAGGACGGUCUCUCUGCUGGGGUGGGGUGGGGUGGGGGAAGCUGGACAGAGCCAUGGAAUCUCUUCAGGGUUAAUUUAAAAAUCAGGGGAUGUUUCCUUUCCGUGAAGGCCACAGGUGGGACCCAUGGGGAGGCAGCCAUGUCCCUUCCAUCCACCUGCCCCUUGCUUCUCAUGUGUGGCUCCCCUUCAUUCCCUGCCCAUUGAAGUCUGCGUCUCGCAGCCCUCCGAGAGCUGGGGGGAGCUGUAACCCGUCAGACACAGCGCGCGAGCAGCAUCCCUUAGAACUGAGUCUCCUAAAGCUUCUGCAGCAGAGCGGCUUCUUGUCCCCGCAGCUCAUGGCCCCAGAAGUCUGGUGCCGGAGGGCAGCUUGCUCAGCUCACGGCUGCCUGGAGAAGGCUCCUAGGGGGCAGCCUGGCCUUGGCCCUGAGAGCCAAGACUGAGUCCUUGUCUAACUCUUGCAGUGUGUUCUCCACACCUGCUGCUGGAGCCAGGGCAGCUGGCAGCGCUCUCAGCGGAGCGGAGCGGGUGGGGAAGCCUGUUUCCCUGGAGAUGAAAUGAGGCAGUUGGGGGGGGGGGGUGGCGGCGGCCUUAUGUGAAAUGAGUAUAGGGUCUUUAGCUGGUUCCUUGCAGAUGUACAUCCAUGUCCCUAAAAAUUCCAGCUCCGGGGGGUGCAAAUGGGGGGUCCUCAGAGAGGGCAGCAUGAUUGUAUGCAGGAGCGCAGGGUCUGACCGGACCCCUGAGGAGGUGCAAGCUGUGCUCCCUGUGAGGCAGCUUGGACUGUUUCUACCAGAGCUUUACCCAGGCUGCAGAGCGGUGGCCCACAUCUGGCACCCUAUCCCCUCGCUCCUGGGCUCAGUUUACCUUGAGCUAAGUAGGCAGCCGUGAGCUCUAGGUUUGAAGUUGGUGGGAGGAGGCAGCAGCGUUUUAACACAGGGCCAGUCAGUCACUGGUGCGUAAUGGGUGAGUGGACAAUGUAAAGCCAGGCAGCCAACUGCUCAGUUAGAAGGGCCAGGAAGGGAGCUAAGCGUAUGAACGGCCAUACUGGGUCAGACCAAUAGUCUUGCUAGCCCAGUGUCCUGGCUUCAGCUAGUGGCAGGUGUCAAGUGUUUCUGAGGGCGCGAACAGAACAGGGCAAUCACUGAGAGAUCCAGCCUGUCUUCCCACUCCAGCAGCUGGCAGUCAGAGGUUUAAGGACACCCGGAGCGUGGGGCUGUGUCUCUGCCUAUCUUGGCUAACAGCCAUUGAUGGACCUCUCCCCUGUGAACUUAACUAAUUCUUUUUUUGAACCCAGUUAUAGUCUUGGCCUUCACCACAUCCCCUGGCAAGGAGUUCCACAGGUUGACUGUGCGUU